AUGUGGGCAGAUCGGUUUGACAGCUAGCACAUUGUUCAUUGUGAUUUUUACUUACUUUGACAUAUGUUCACGUUUUCGAAUAAGGCCUUCAGUUACUUUUAGCGCCAUGGUUAAAAUCGCUGUUUUAGGAUGUGGGCUAAUGGGUGUCAAAAUAGCAGGGGAGCUGGCAUAUCAUGGACACCGGGUCAAGGUGUAUGACUCCAACAUGAACUCUCUGAACACAGUGUUCGAGAGGAUGGAGGAAGACAAGCGCUACCUGCGAACUGAGGGACUUCUGACUCAUAAAAACUUCAUUGGUCAAAUUUUAUGCAUGAGCCGUCUGGAAGAAACUGUCAGUGACGCUGAUUUCAUUUUUGAGGCAGUGGUUGAUGACCUGGAUGUCAAACAGGAUUUAUUUGAAAGAGUGUCUCACUUGUGUAAGAAGGAUGCUGUGAUUGCCACCAACACCCUGAGGCUGGAUGGAGCUGCAGUUGUGGCGAGGACCUCAUUUCAGGAGAGGACGACAGGUCUACGCUUCUUGUUUCCUGUCUAUUACAUCCCAGAGGUGGAGAUCACACCUAACACCUUUACCUCCCCUGCCACUAUUGAGAAAGUACGUCUAUUAUUGGAGAAGAUGGGAAAAACUCUGUUCUUUCGAUCUGGUGGAGAACCUUUGAUUUUAUCUGAGGAUCAAAGAGAAGAAAGAAAGAGAGCUCGACUGGAACAAAUUAGAAACUCCAGUGGCAUGACCUAUUUUUUUGAGAGCACUCUGCCUGCUUUGUCUCAUCGUGGGAACAAUGCUCCACCCCCAGAUGAUGAAGAAGUCGUGUACCGCAGUGAACACGAUCAUGACUGUGCCAUCUGCAUGGAUCGAAAUCGAGACUGCGUCCUCUGCCCUUGUCAUCACAUGAUCACCUGCCACGAGUGCUCAAAAAUGUUGCUGAACAGACGAGAUGGCUGCCCUAUUUGUAGGAAGGACAUAUCAGAGGUCAUACCUGUGUACCUCUCUUGAUGGCUGUCCAGUGGCCAUAUCACCUGGCCAGUAUGUGUAGUAGUUGUCUGUGAUAUUUUAGAAUUGUGCAGUAUUUACUCCCUUCUAAAACAGCUAAAACACCUGACGUAAUGGUUCCAGAAUUUAAAGUAUGGUAGAACACCCUUAGUUUCAUGCAAUUUUCCACACACUACUCACUACUUGAAUGGGAGGGUGGUGAAAAGUUGGUGAAAACUCACAUAAAAUUUAAAGAGUGAAAUAAAAAAUAAAAACAACUAAGUAAUAAUGAAAAAAAUAGGAUGUCAGAAAUUUGAGGGAACGACUGACGAACGAACCGACAAACUGACUGACUGACAUAUAGUGACCUUAAAUAUAGAGCUGCUUUUUGCUGUUAAAAAUAUGUUAAAGUAUCUUGAGGUAAAGAUUUCAUUUUUUUUUCUUGUGAUGAAUUAUUGGGAUGAAGUUUUAGUGGCCUUUUCCUUGAUGUAUUGUUACUUUCAUAUAUUUAUUUGACAUUGAAUACCACUUUUGUUACAGAUCUAAACAUAUGUAUAUCCAUCCCACAAAUUUUUUUUUAGAUUUAAACAACAUCAUAUUUAUCAUCCAAAUAUCAAGUUAUUCUUGUACCUUUUUGUUUAGCAAUGUGUGAAUAAUUUCAUAAGUAUUAAUAAGUUAUAAGUAUUACUUACAUCUAAGCGUCUGAUAGCAUUAUGCCUUGUGUUGGUAAAAUGUUGGUAGUAUCAAGGAUUGUGCCCAGUGAAGAAUUGUCCCCAGUAUUUAGAAUAAUUGUAUUUUGUCUGUGGGAUUUGAAGUGACAUCACAUGAUGUGCCAGUGAGACAAAAAGCCGACAAAUGUUAAAUGGAUAGAAAAGAUCUCCACUGUAGAGCAGAGUUAAUGAGCUGUAUAUAUCAGUAUAUUUGUUAGUGUGUAAUGCCUGUCGGUUUUGUUUAAUAUAGUUAUCAGUUAAAAAUGUCAGUGCUUUUGUUAUAUACAUGUAUUAUAAUUGUUGCAAUCUCUGGGAUGCUGUUGUUAUACAAAUUCUUUAUUUAUUUAUUUACUUACAUUUACUAAUUCAGUAUUUUACUGAAAAUGUUUCACUUGUAUGAUGGGAACGACCCCAAGCUGUCCAUUUCAUGGCUGAAGGAAGCAGGGCAGAGCCCAGAAGAAACCACUGCACCUUGUGACAUACACAGUUCCACUUUCACAAGUCCUUUUUUUUUUUUUUUUGCAAGAGACAUGAUUUAUGAGAAAAGUUAAGAAAAACUGAUUGACAUAUUUGUAUGAAAGUGGGCCCAGAGUGACAAACCUCUUGAAAGUGUAUAAUUCUGAUGAGGUAGUUGCAUUGUUUCAAUUUAUUUGACCAUAUAUUUGGUUAAUUAGUUGAUCUACUGCAGCUGAUUGGCCCUUGACUGUUUUAAGUCGUCUUCUCAAAUACAGUUUCCACAAAUUCCACUGAGUUUGAAAGUCAGAAAGUUUGUAAGGUUUCAGAGAAAGGACCUGGCAUUCACGGUUUCCUUCAGCAAUAAACCUGUCCAUCAUUACACAAGUGAAAUAUUCUGCAGUACAGCCUUAAACCCCAAAUCAAGUAAAACAGAAAUGUUGAUUCCAUAUUACAGGAUGUGCCUGGUGUUAACAACAAAGUGAUAACAUUGUACUAUGAUGUAUUUUAUCCUUGUUUUUUUGUGACAUUUUUGUGAAUAGAUUAGACUGUUUUGUUAUUGUAUACAUGUAUUACACUAUGAGUGAUAGGAGCCUCUCUUCUUUUCAGUACCAUGUAGAUUCAGUGAGGAGAAAACAGAAAUCAUAUUUGAAAAAAAUCAUUGCUUGAAUAAUUGUACUUGUACCUUUCGUUGCAAUAUUUUUGUAGUAAUAUUAGAACACGUCGAUAUUUGUAUCAUGGCAACACAAAAUCCUAAUGUUUACAGGAGCAACUUGCUAUGGUCAUGGGUUGCCUUGGUCUCUGCCCAAUUGACUCCCACCAUGAGGCUGGCCACUGUCGUAUAAGUGAAAUAAGAGUACUGCCUAAGACACCAAUCCAAUAAAUCAAUAAAUAAAAUGUAUAAAUAGAUAAGAGGCAUCCUUUCUCACACAUGCAGUCUUGGAUGUGGAGAUGUAAGGCUGUCUUGCAAGACAUUUACCGUACCUUCACUGCCAUGAGAAUGCAGCUGUUUGUAAAAAAAUUUUAAAUUCUAAGGAGAAGUUUGUACUAUAAUUGACCACACAAUUGAUGCAACUUUGGUGAUGUGACACAAACUUUCAAUGACUUGCAGUUUCUUAAUGGAGGAUCUAAUGUCAU